AACAGAAGGACGAUUAUGUUUAGAUUGUGGCUUUACAAAAUUGUAUAUUAAUUGGGACUCAGCAGGUGCAGCUCGUUAUAUCGUUAACGCCACUUGUUGGCUUUUAGGAAUUGGUAAACAUUAG